AUGUGGAAACCAGUGGACCUUCCCUUCCAGAAAUCCCAACCUCAGCCUCGACUACCUACAACAGAUGAGAUCCGCGCCUGCACCAAUGUCCUCUGGGAGACUAUGGCCUCCAAGGUCGUGACAUUUAACGACAAUAUUGUCGUGAAGUAUGGGGGUUGUAUAAACACCUGGGAAGGCCAGGCAUUGAUUUAUCUUGAACGACAUGUCCCCGAAGUUCCAGCCCCUCGACUGUACGCGAUGUACUAUGAGGGCAAACAACUUUUCCUAGUCAUGCAACGCAUCCCCGGUGUGCAAUUAGAUACUAUCUGGCCAACAUUAACCCCCUCCGAGAAGGAUGGCAUUAUAGCAAAACUUCAACUAAUAUUCUCCGCCAUGCGAAAGGCUGAGUGCCCAUGGCCCAACUUUUUCGGUGGCCUGGACGGCGGCGGCGUACAUCACUACCUAUUUUACAGCCAGCACGGCGAUCAGAAGUUUCUAGGGCCUUUCACUGGUGAACCAGCCUUCGUUGCUGGCCUUGUGGGUAAUUAUAGGGCCUUAGUCGAGCGUAACAAUCAUCCAGACUACAAGGCUCGCUUUUACGAGAAAUACCUCGCUCGCGUUCUUCAAGGUCACCGGCCUACAUUGACGCAUGGUGACGUUCAGCAGAAGAAUAUCAUGAUUGUGGAGGACACAAGUUGCUCAAACGAGCAGGGUGAGCGUUCGUUUGACGUUGUGCUGGUCGACUGGGAGAAUGCUGGCUGGUUUCCUGACUUUUGGGAGUUCUUUUGUGCAUCGCACCCUUUCAUUUUCGAGUGGGAUGAAGACUGGUCAUGGCGAGUCCAGGACUUUGUGGAAGUGUGGCCUGCCGAGAUGGCUAUUAUGCAAUUGAUUGAUAGGGAAUUGGGCUGGUGA